GUUGUAACGUUGUCUAUAUAUACCCUGUAGAACCGAAUUUGUGUGGUAUCCAUAUAGUCACAGAUUCGAUUCUAGGGGAAUAUAUGGUCGAUGCAAAAACUUCACGUUUCUUCGGAAUAGCCAGAGACCGAAGUGCGAAAUGGAGACUAGAAGCAGCCGGCGCUGGUCAGCCGCCUCUUUCUGUUUCAUUACCUUGGACUCCAGGAGGAUCAGCUCCGCCUGGUGACAUAGAGCAGCUUUUCCUCUCCAGAAGCUCCUCACCUUUAAACAGAGUAUCCUCUGGGUGCUGAAAAGAAAGAAAGAAAGAGAGAGAGAGGGAAAGAGAGAAUGCAAGCCUAAUUGGUUGCAUGGAUGCAGGGCCAAAGGGCUCGGUUUUGGGGUACUAGGGAGUGAGGUGUAAGGCCAGUUUGCCCAGUCCCAGCUCUGCCCUCCAGGAACAUGAGGUGCAAAGGUACCCAAAUGGGGGCUUGCUUGUAUUUGGGGCCUGUGGGAAGAAAGCAAGCUUCGAAGAAGCCCAGUGGGGAGCUCUAGGGUGCAUUUUGACAAGGUGGGGGUGCCCUUGCCACCAUCCCAGCCCACCCCCAGCUACAUGGGCAAGGGCAGCGAGGGUCCCCUGCUAUUUUGGCAAGGCCCAGUUUUGGCUGGGAACCCCCGGGCCUGGGCACUGGUAGAAAGCAUGGCGGUUACUCAUUGCCUAAUUUGAUUCAAGCUGGCCAGAUUCUGGUAACUUUUGGGUGACCCUGAUGAAGACAAAGCCAGGACGGCGGCCUUUGUAUGGCAGAAUCCCUGCUCCCGCCGGCUGCAGGCAGGGCGGGCAGGCAGGAACCCUCCCUGCCUGGGGCACUCUGCCCAACUCAGAGGCGACUUCGCCCAGCCACCUUUCAUUGCUCUGUACCCUAAUAGGAGGAUUCAUUCUCCCUUGAGCUGUGCCUACUUGGUGUGGGUGGGGGGGUUGCAUUCAGCUGGGGGUGAGUGGAAGGGGCACGGAAGGUUGGCAAAAUCAGUGGCAGACAAAAGCUGGGAUUACCUGAGGGGAAUGGGGUGCUGGGGACUGGAACUACAUUAGUAUCUGGCAGGGGCUCUCAAAUGUGCCAUAGCAAGCUACUUGAUUACACGUAUGUUAUUUAGUUAAAUUUGUGAAAAUUAUGAGAUGCUCACCAACCCGGUGAUAAACUUGCUCCCUCGCCAUUGGCUGGCCUGGUCACAUGGCUGCCCAACUUUAUUCAGUUGACAGCAAGUAGGAGGGCCCUAUGGAAGGAGAAAAAAAGACAACACAGAAAAAUUAGUAUUUUCUACCUUCUGAAAUUAAUGGUCAUGAGUUCGUAUAUGGUGAACUCCAAGUAUGUGGACCCCAAGUUCCCUCCGUGCGAGGAGUAUUUGCAAGGCGGCUACCUAGGCGAGCAGGGCGCCGACUACUACGGCGGCGGCGCGCAGGGCGCAGACUUCCAGCCCCCGGGGCUCUACCCACGGCCCGACUUCGGUGAGCAGCCUUUCGGAGGCGGCGGCCCCGGGCCUGGCUCGGCGCUGCCUGCGCGGGGUCACGGACAAGAGCCAGGCGGCCCCGGCGGUCACUACGCCGCCCCAGGAGAGCCUUGCCCAGCGCCCCCGGCGCCUCCGCCGGCGCCCCUGCCUGGCGCCCGGGCCUGCAGUCAGUCCGACCCCAAGCAGCCGCCCCCCGGGACAGCACUCAAGCAGCCAGCCGUGGUCUACCCCUGGAUGAAGAAGGUGCACGUGAAUUCGGUGAACCCCAACUACACCGGUGGGGAACCCAAGCGGUCCCGAACGGCCUACACCCGGCAGCAAGUCCUAGAACUGGAAAAAGAAUUUCAUUUUAACAGGUAUCUGACAAGGCGCCGUCGGAUUGAAAUCGCUCAUACCCUGUGUCUGUCGGAGCGCCAGAUCAAGAUCUGGUUCCAGAACCGGAGGAUGAAGUGGAAAAAAGAUCAUAAGCUGCCCAACACCAAAGGCAGGUCAUCGUCCUCAUCUUCCUCCUCAUCUUGCUCCUCCUCAGUCGCCCCCAGCCAGCAUUUACAACCGAUGGCCAAAGACCACCAUACGGACCUGACGACCUUAUAGAAGUGGGGACCCUGGGCCCAUCUCUCCCUGCGCACCAGGCUGAGCCGAAGCUGCGGGGGCAGGCCGGGCCUGCUGUCACCUCGCUGGGCUCUAAGGUACUGUGGGGUGGACCUGGGACAAGCAGGCCGCCCUCGGACUAGGUUAGCAUCCUGCCCGAGGGCAGCCCCCUCCCUAGAGCGGGAUGGGGAUGGGAGGGGGGGCGGGAUUCUCUCUCUAAGUAUAUUAUAUGGCAGGAGCUACUGAGAACAUAAAAUCUUGGCGAGUCAUUAAACUCAUGAAAAUCACCGCUCAUGGAUUUUGAAUUUGCAAAUGAAGGUUGGAUGCUUUAUCCCACUGUGAGUUUGGACAUUCUCCCCCACUCCACCCCUCCAGGGCGCUUUGUGGCUUAAUAAUGUGGGGGAGUUGAGGCAGAAGGUUGGCCACCCCUGUGCUAGGUGCUUUCAGUGGAAGCCAGAGAGCUGGGUCAGGAUUUCUGAACUUUCUGGGUUGUCUAUGGAAUUUCGUGUGAUUAAAAAAUAUAUAUUUUGCUCCCAGUGGCCCCAUGUCCAAAGAAAUGGGUCUAAGAAGGAAGUAAAAAAGGGUUAUUUUAUGCUUAGAUAUUUACUUAAGUAUUUAUUUGUUGGGAAAUGUGGUACAGAAAUAACUGACACCUUCAUGCCAAAAAUCUUAAAAAGGUGAAAGGGGCUGAACUUCAGGGAGCAGAAUCAGAGAUAUGUGCACUUACUUCUGAAUUCCACCCCUCCCCACUCUCUGGAAAUGUGUGUAGGGGGCCCUUUACCCUUCCAGAAGGAAGCAAAGGAUUCACUCAAAGUUGCAUUCUUGAAAAUAUAUUUCCAUAUGUGUUUUUUUCAGCACUGUGCUUACAACCAGUUCUGGGUGAUUAAAGGAAAGGGAAAAAAACCAACAAAUGGUCCAACAUUUUCCUUCUGGGGAAAGAAAACAAAACCUCUAUGCACUGGGUCGUUAGAUAAUGACUGAAUUUUCUGUUCCAACUGGAUUCCAAAUGCCCUAAAUACCCUCACAUAGCAGUGUUUUACAGGAAUUAGUGUAUGGCCUGUGUAGGGGAGGGGCUGUGCAGUGGGGAGAAAGUGGGAAGGUAAGGAACUCUUGCUUUAAGAAGGAAAAAAAAAAAAAAAAAACCCUAAUUGAAUCUAGAAGUCCACAAAAGUUAGCCUUAGAGUUUUUUUUUCCCCCUGAAGUUUUAAUUUUUAAAAAACCAAAUUUAAGGAAGUUUUCCUCAGCUCAUUAGUUAGAAGCAGAAUUUGUAAAAGUAUAAAAGUUUUCAAGCACUCGUCUUUGCCUUGAGAAUAGUGGUUUUUUAAAGAAUCACUCUCAACAGGGGAGAUGUCCUCUAGUCGUUUUUCUUCUGCCUCUCCUGGGAAGGGUUCAAAGUUCAUUUUUCUAAAAUGCUGACCCUCAAGCAUAUGGAGGAAAAAGUCAAAGUUAAUGGCCAGAGUUCAUAUACUCAGAUGAAACCAGUCUUCCCAAGGCCUCAGGCUCCAAAAAAGGUUGUAGCUAUCAAAAAGUGACCAAAGUGGGAAAGGGAGAAAGGAUAAGCUUAAAACUUAAUUUUAAGAUCCAGAAGGGGGGUAUUUUUUUCAGUACUUCAAAAACACUUUAGAAAGUUUCUGUGGUAAUUUAAAAAAUAUAUUUAAGUGGGAGGGAAAAAAGAGUUUCUCUGUAGGCGUGUUCUUUGGCUGUGUCUCCUGAGAGCUGAGGGCAGGUAUUCACUGCAGUCCCUAGGCUGAAAUUCCGCUUCUCUAAAGUGUCUUCCAAGCCUUGGUCUUUUGUAUUAGACCCUGGGGACUGGUCUUUGUUCCUCCUUGGGGUGAGCCUGGCUCUCAGACUUGCACAUGGCAAUACUUGAAUAUCACCACGUCGGGAUAUUAAAGAUGGAUACUCGUGCAUUAUUCACAUCAUUGUUUCUAUGACAAAAAGCACAGAGUUCAUACAUAGUCAAGACGUCUUUUUUCUGACGCCCUCACGUUGAGAAGCUGAAAAGGUAUUUUACUGAAGUUCGGGUAAAUUACAGAAUCAGGUUCAUCCAGAGGACAAAUUUUCUAUUUGAUUAGCUGUAUUUCAGCCGGGAGGACUGACCUCUAAACCCUUAACCUUUUGGACUCUAACUACCCUUCUCUUCUUUUUUCCUCUCUAACAUGGAGAGCAGUCUUUGGAUGUACCAUUUGAAAGGAGCCGCUAUCCUUAGGCAAGUUGGAAAGUUGCUAAGCUUCUUUCCUAAAACCCAAAUCUGUCUAUACAUUGAACCUUCUCCUUGGGAAGGGGGAAAAGGUAUAUAUUUUCACAACAUCCAAUUACAUAUAUAUAAUAGAGAUUUGUUGUAUAGAUUUUCCCCCACCUCAGAAGUUCAGGUUACUCACCCCCAGCUUCAUACCAAAUACCACACAGGCUUAACUGACUGCAUCCCUGCCCCAGAGGAAAGCCAAGAAACAUGUUUUCAUGAGGAAAACCCAAGCUCCUUCUCAAACAUAGCCCCACUACUUUGGAAAGUAACUUAAUCAGAGAAACAACUUCUUUGUUUAUAAGUCUCAGCUCUCCUUCUCAGCUUGGAGGGAUUCUUUUGAAAUGUUAAUGGAGCCUGGAUGGCCCAGAGUGCAGCCCCCAACCCUGAGGUCCCAGUCAGACCCCAGCAUCCAUUUGGGCCCACAGGAGUGGGCCAGGGAAGGGAUAGGGACCUGCAACCACUUAGGGCAGGGAAGGAAAUGGGUUUCCAUCUGAGAACGUGCUUUGGAGAAAGCUAGGUGUGGAAAGGCUCCAAUGCCCAUUUGCUAUUAUUUGUUUCCAGUUUGUUCCUUUAAAUAUGAGCCAGAAGUGUUUGUGUUGGUGUUUUAAAAACAAAAACAAAAACCGUGUUGGGAUCCUGACUGGGGGAGGGGGAGAGUGAAGUGUUUGCUGAGGACGUUGCUCCUCUGACUCCCAUCUCACUUUGUCCAUCGCAGCCUUUUGUUGGGAGAUGACAUUGUCAGUCAGCCCAUGAUGUCUGUUCACACGAGAUGCUUUUUUAAUAGAAUUGACCAAUGUUUUGCUGCCACUGAUUAAAGUAUUAUUUAUACUAAUUGUUGCUUGUAGUUUUGAUGUAAUUCAUUGAUCUAUAUUUAAAAUAAUAAAAGGUGUAGCAAAAUC